AUGGCGGAUGGAAGAGAGAUGGCAAACCUGGGGACGGAGAACACAUACAAAUACCUAGGGAUACAACAGACGUAUGAAAUAAAACAGAAAGAAAAUAAAAAUGCUGCAGAAACAGAACUCAUCAGACGAGUUAAGAAAAUUAUCGGCUCACAACUGUCAGCAGAAAACAAAAUCACAGCCAUCAACACCUGGGCCAUACCAACUUUUUCCUAUACGUCGGGAAUCCUUGAUUGGUCCAAAACAGAUCUGGAGAGACUGGACAGAAGAAUACGAACAACAUUCACACAGAACGGCAUGCUACAUCCAAAUUCGGCAAUAGAGAGGCUUUACUUACCCAGAACAGAAGGAGGACGUGGAUUAAGCAGCUUGCAACACAUCUGUCUCAAAGAGGAAAGAAAAAUUAGAGAUUACUUCAGAGAGAACAACUUGCCUGUACAUCAAUGGAUAUCGGCCCAGUUCACUGAAACACACAACGAGCAGGACGCAGGAGAAGACCCACCUGCAAAAUUAAGACAGAGCUGGAAAACAAAAGCCUUACACGGAAGAUUCUACACAAGUUUACACCAACCAGAUGUAGAUAUAAAGAACUCAAAUACCUACUUGGUACAAGGCUACCUAUUUCCCCAGACGGAAGGAACAGUCCUGGCCAUCCAAGACCAGGUCGUCCCAACCAGAACAUAUGUGAAGCAUAUUUUAAAACAACAAGUGGAAUCCACUAAAUGCAGGAUGUGCAACGUGGCCGAAGAAACUAUCCAGCACCUGUCCUCAGGAUGUUCCACAAUAGCAGGCACGAAAUAUCUCAGCAGGCAUGACAAUAUGGGUAAAGUCGUUCAUCAAUUACUAUGCCUCCAAAAGCAACUAGUCCAACACUUCACACCACACCACAUAUAUAAACCACAAACUAUAGUAGAGAACGAACAGCACAAAAUAUACUGGGAUCUGGCAGUCACAACAGACAGAGGUGUGGAACACAAUAGACCGGACAUGGUGGUAUGGGAUAACAAAAAGAAGACCGUCAUCAUUAUUGACUUUGCUGUGCCGCAAGAUAACAACCUAGCGAAAAGCUAUGCCGAAAAAAUAUCCAAAUAUGAGGCACUAGCACAGCAAAUGAAGGACAUGUGGAGGCUCAAAGCAGUGACUAUAAUGCCCCUAAUAAUGAGCGUGAAUGGCCUCGUACACCGAAAGACCACUCAACAUCUAAAUGAACUGGACCUGCCGCACAACACCAUCACGUGGAUGCAGAAAGCAGUAAUCCUGGGAACUGUCAGCAUAGUGAGAAAAAUAAUAUAUCCCCACUAG